UGCGGAAGAGAAUUUAUCGCGAUUUAUUUAAUUUUGAUUUAUGCAGUACAUUUUAAAUAUUUUUUAUAAUAAUUGGAAACACUUAUAACGUAUUUGUUAUUAGUAUACCUAUAUUUGUUUUUGUAUAAUUUUAGUGUGAUAAUGUAGUUAUAAUGGCUUUAAACAAAGUUUUACUAUUAAAUGAAGUGCAGUUGUUAAAAUUAAUACAAGAUAAUGGCUAUGAAGACGUCGCCAAUAUUUUAGAAAACAGGCAUAUUGACGGGAAAACAUUUUUAGAACUAUCUGAUUUUCAAACACUUGCCUGGAAAUUACCACCAGCACAGCUGAAAAUCCUCUUUAAUUUUAUAAGAAGAGUAAAAAAUGAUCCGUCUGUAAUAUUAAAACAAAAACCAGUCACAAAUAUAACUACAGCUAACAAACCUAAACCAAAUGUAUCUGCUACACUUAAACCCAAGACUUUUAUACCUAAACCAGCAUUUACUCAAACAUCACCGCAAGAAAAGGCACUGAUAAAGAAAAUUAGUUUAAACAAUUUCCAAGAAAAAAAUGAAUUAAAACAAAAACUGGUUGACAUUUUUAAUAAGAAUAAUACUCAAAGCAUAAAACCUAGUUUGAAAGAUACUAGUAAUAAAUGUAUUCUCCCUAAGCUUUCGCCAAUUGAAAUAACCAAACCAAAACCUUUACCACCAGAACCUGCUUCAGCCGCCGAACCAAAUCAGAUUAAUGCGAAACACAAGGCAUUUUUACCAGAACCUGAUUCGGCCGACGAAACAAAUCAGUGGAAUGCGAAACUCAAAGCGUUUUUACCAGAACCGAUAGAAAGGUCGAAUUCGUCAGCAAUGGUCAAAAAUAAAAUACAACCAGUUAUAAACAAACGUCUACCCAGUAGGCAAGGAUUAACAUGUGCAGAUAUGGACAACACGGAUGAAGAUUACUUGACUCCAAAUGAUUUGGGUGAUAAUUAUAUUGAACCGGAAAAUACAUACGAACUUCCUCCAAAUAUAAACAAACGUGUACAUGUUCUUGAAAACAAUCGCAAAUUUUACCCUGAAAAACCAAAGGAAGUAGCAAAUAGGAGUCCUAUACCCAUACCAAGAAAAUCAUACCAAAAUGAUGAAGAGAUAAAUGAUUACGAAACAAUACCAGUGGAGAACCACAUAAAGUUAAGGAGUAAUAUUAAAACUAUUGGAGGUUACUUGGACCUUGAAAGUGGAGAAACUGAAGAAAAUUUAGCCAAUUCAAUUACUGAAUCAACUCAAAGAAGUAUAAAAUUAACAGCUGAAGACCCGAACAACGUAAUUAUUGUCGAAAGAGACGAAUCCAAACGACCCGCCAACUUUUUGGAUAAACUUAAUAGCUUUUUUGCAGUAAAAUCUAAACCAACAAAGCAGGAUGAUUCGUUUAAAGUACCAUUAAAUUACGAAAACCACAUGUUACAGAGUGAAAUCCCUUCAAUCGAAAUACUGGAUGGUAAGCCAUAUAAAAAUCGGCCAUUACCUGAAAUUCCUUUCAACCUACCUACAACUUCGUCUUCUUCACUAAGAAACUCUGAAAUGAUAUCAACUAGGAAUAAUAACCCAGUUCUAAGUACUGGAUAUAGAUCACUCAGAAAAAAAAGCAAUAUAGAAUUACCAAGAUUUGCAGAAACCAAUGUGAAAGUGACAGAAAAAAUACAUAAUAGAAAUCAGUUUGAUACUAUGGAAUCUAAAAAAGAAGAAACCAGAACCAGGGACAAUGAUGUUGAUGAUAUUGCCAAAUACGAGAAUCAGCAAUUUAUAAGAACUUCAACAUUCAGCAGCCAAAAAAAAUCAGUUUCACCAAUACUGAUUUCGCCAGAUGCUCUUAAAUCCAGAGAAAUAAAUUUAAAACAAAAAUCUUUAAUUAAUAACAAAUCGUUAGAGGAUCCAUCUUCAAAACGAUAUCAUCCUCCAUUUUAUGGUAACGUUGCUGCUUCGCAGUCUUCAGCUUCUAGUUACUUAAGGAAAGAAAUUAAUUUAAAAGCCGAAGAUGAAGAAGUCUCUAAAGAAGAAGUUCUUCUAAGGGAAGAUGAACAAGAUUCAAUUUUCAAUAUCAAUAACGAAAAAUUCUACAGGAACACUGACAGGAAGGGAGCAAAAAAAUUGUUAUGUAAUUUAGAAGAUGGAGCAUUUCUAUUUCGACCAAGUCGAAAAUAUUUUCUUGUAUUAACUUUAAAAAAGAAUGGUAAAUAUUAUAAUUUGGGAAUUGAACGUACUAAUACCAACAAAAUUCGACUAAAUAGUGAUUCAAGUAGUGUCUCUCCGGAGUUCGGAACAUUGACAGCUUUUGUGGAUUAUUUUAAAAGAGAAGCACUUACUUUUAAAGAAGGGGGAAUUGUAAUACAGAUUUGUUUGAAAUCCUCAUUGCUAGCAGAUGUAUUUUAAUCUUUAAAAGACACUCUUGAUAAUACUUGUUAAAACUCUUAUUUUAUGUUUUUAUCAAUUUUAAUAAACAUAAGUUAGUUAUUGUUAAAGGCAUUUAAAAAUAAAAAAAACUAACGGUAACCAGAAAUUUUAAAGAAGUCAGAGGGUCAGUUUCAUACAUUUUUAAUGCCUUUUAUUCCAAUUCUAAAAUGAUAAUAGUUAUCAAGUUAUAAAUUUGUACCAACUUCCGAGAUAAGGAAUUUUUAAUGUAGAUAUCAUUACUUUUUUGGGUUUUCCAUGUUCAGGUUUUUUCGUUGUAUUAGCUACCCAGGAGACACGUAUGUUUAAACCUUUUAUAUCUAUCAUCUUCUGCAUCCUUUAUUCUACUUAUUAGACAAUUGUUGAUGUCUAACAUUAAAGAAAAAUGUUUUUGAAAAACUAGAUCUAAUAUAGAUUAAGCUGUGAAAAACAAGUAACGCUUUAUUAGUUUGUAACAAUAGUUUCACUAUGUACCUAAAACCAUUUUUAAUUUAAUGGUUGUUCAUCUAAUAUCCGAUCAAAAGAUGUAUCUUUGAGAUAAAUUUGUAAAUUCUUAAACAGUCUAAAUCAUGCUUAACGUUUUUUCGAGAACUAUCUGCCUUAAAACUCAUUGCAUACAUAUUGGCGAGAAAAAACACCGACGUUCUAAUGUUCUGAAAGAAGCCUUAUUAAACAUAGUUGUAAAGUACUUUUCAUUGAAAUUAAAACAUUAUACAAGCUAACUUACUUUUUCCUUCAACAAAGGAUAGUUAAAUAGUUUAACUACAAGUAGCUUUUAUAACAUUUUUACUUUGUUUUAUUCCUAAACUACUAUACUUACCAAAAUGUCUAAUAAGUGAAAACCAGUGUUCCUAAUUAAAAUGUAUCAACCUGGAUUAGUGAAAAGAAAGAUAUAACAAAGUACACUGUCUUGAUCGUAAUAGAAUUUUACACAAAUAAAUAAAAGCUACUCACACGACGUAAAACAAAACGAUGAGGUUUCGCUGGUUUUAAAAUUUUAAUUUGUUUGUUACUAAAUAACUUUUAUUUAUUUGUAUAAUUUUAUUAGUUUUAUUUUAUUUGUUACUUGUCCAAAAUUUGCUGUACUUUUUAAUAUGGCUGAAUAACAUAAAAAACUGAUACCAAUUAUCCUGUCCUUAGCAGCCAUGUGAUAGUUAUUAAAGAGUGAUCGGAACCUUUUUAAAUAUUAAUAUUUCUGUAUUAAUUAUGUUGUAAUCAUUGAUUUUUAUUUAUUAUUUAAACUAACUUAAUUUGUAAAACUAUACAAUAAAAGAACAGAAGAA